AUGUCGCGACGGCAAUCGAGUGACACACGGUCAAGAUCAGAUGCUUCGUAAGUUUAAAAAAAACCUUUUUUUUGUUAUUUCGUGUUGUGAAACAUGAAAAACGCUCCGAAAAGGAACAAAAUCGCUCUAAAACAAAAAUUAGCAUUGUUUAUAGCAAAUUUUGCGUUUUGAAACAUUUUCCUUUUCUACAAUUACUUGGAAAAACUCUAGUGGCCACUUAAGAGGUUCCUUAAGGCUUCAUUAAGGGAUCACUAAAGUGGCCACUAAAACCACCCCUUUAGAAUCCACUAUUUUGCGUUUUAGCGGUCACUAUAAUAGUUUUUAGUGAUCUAGUAGUAACACUAGACUUCUAAAGAGGUCUCUAACUUUUAACCACUUAAGGGGUCACUAAUUCAACUACUAUAAUGUCCACAUAAAGCUCAACACACUAAAGUUACCACAAAAAAUUUUCCAGUACUAAAAUUCGCAUAUUUUCGUCCGAGCGCGUUUGCUCUUUUCGAGCUUUUCAUGUUUUUUCUGCCUUCCAUGACUCACAAUGUCGUUUCACGCACUUCUAAACCGUUUAGACGAAGAUUUUAGUAAUGGGCAAGGGUAGAAACAGUUUAUAAUUAUUUUAUUUUCUAUAUAAAUUUUAAGACUCGACCGCGGGAGCCAGCAAUCCGAUUCGCGGAGGCCGACUUUGAAUUUCCAAGAAGUUCUGAAUGAACUCAGUGAACAUGAAAGGGAAACCGGCGAAAGAUUACGGCGACAUCUUCAAUUCUUUUUCAUGAAUCCUCUCGAGAAAUGGAAGGUAAUUAUUUUUUUGUUUUUGAAUUUUUGGUGAUAAGGAAAAUUUUUUGAGGUUCGAAAGCAGCUGCCCUACAAACUGGUUCUACAGGUUUGCCUUUUUUUUUUCAAUUUCUAGAAAAAAAGCCAAAAAUGUUCGAUUUGAUACCUUAAAAUUCUUCUUUUCGAUCAGAAUCUUCCAUAAUUCAUUUUAGAAACUUUAAAAAAAUUGUUUUUACAUAUUUUUUUCUAAAUUUUUGCUUACCUAUAAAUUUUUUCCAAUCCAAAUCUAUCAUUUUUUUAGAUCAGGAUUUUUUUCUUCAAAAAAAUUAUGAAAAAAAUUCAUUUUUUUGCCAACCUUUUUCACUUUAAUUUGUGAAGCUGUUCUGUAAAAUAGAACGAAAAUUUUUCGGACUUUUUUUGUUAACUUUUUUUGGUUCAAUUUAUCAAUGAUAUUUUUUAAAAAGAUCUCAAUUUUUUUGCGAAAAUUCUCAAACUUCAAAUAAAUGAGUAUUUUCAAUAGAAAAAAAGGUAAAUAAACGAUUGAUUGAGAAUUUUACCUCUUUCCAUUGUUUGAGUUAUUCCUCAGUUUCUGAAAAAAACUAUAAUUUCCUCACAUAUAACUAAAAUUUUGUUUGUUAUUGGAUUGAAAUGAUUUUUAUGAGAAAGAAGUUUAGAAAAAAAAAAAUUUUUGUCCCCGAAAAUCAACUUUCAUCAGAAAAAUAUUAAUCUUGAAAAAAAUUAGCCUUGAAUCAGUUUUUUUCUUCUUUUUGAAUGGGUUUCAAAACUUCCUAGGCCUUGAAUAGCACUAUAAAACUGACAUUAUUUGUCAGAAUACAAAGGAAAAAAAUGCUAAAUAAAAUAUGUUCGUCAAAAAAAGCUCACGAAAGUGUAAUAUUUUUUUCAAAAAAAUUAUCUUUGAAAUAUUUCUUUUUUUAUCAAAUUCUAAAACAUCUGGAGGUGAUCUUGGUCAAAAUGAAACUGAUAUUAUCAGCUAAAAGGAAAAAAAAAGUUAAUAAAUAUAUUUUCAUCAUAAAAAAAUUGAUGAAAAGUUUAAUUUUUGAACGAAAUUACCUUUCAUCAAAAUAUCCAAUUUUUUUCUUCUCUUUUUGAAAGUUUUUAAAAAGUUCUGUAAGUAAUUUUUUUGUUAUUAUACAACGAAUAAUAUUUGAUAUAAUGAGACAAAAAAAUAGCUUUAAAUAUAUAUUCUGUUUUUUUAAAAGUUAGAAAAUCAGAGUUUUUUUCGCCUUUCUUAUCAACUUAAAGUUCUUUUUUUAAACACUUUAUAAUUUUUUUAAUAACAUUUUUAUAAAAACCUUCCAGGUCCUCUUCAUAACGAUGCAAUUGAUAUUAUUUACAGAAAUGAGCGAAAAAUAACCAAAAAAAAAUAUCAAAAAUCAUACUUUUUUCAUCAAUUCACUGUUUCAAAUCAAUAUUUUAUACUUUAAAAACACUUUCUAGGUGCUGAAAAUAGUCUUUAUAACAAUGCAACUGAUAUUAUUCGCCGAAAUGAGAAUGUCUCACGUCGAUUUCCUGGAAGACACGACGACAGUCAUGCGUCAUCGGUUCUUAAAAGUCAGAUACCAUAACCCAGGGAUACUGUAAUAAUGGAAGAGUACUGUAGGAGUGGAACGACGACCGUGACGCGCUACAGUAUCCCCCGGCCGAGGGUCGAUAUUCUGUCUAUGAUGACAAGGGCCUCCAUGAACAUUUGGCCUACAUUAUCAGCUCGGUUUGAAAAUUUAGAAAUUCCAGAUGUUUCGAAUUAAAAAUUUAGUGAUUUUUUCAACUAACUUUCUUGUUUUAAGUCAUUUUUUUUUUGACCGAAUAGUUAAAUUAGCGAUUUUCCGACAUUUUUUCUGUUUUAAACGUUUUUUUCGCAGUUUUUUCUUGUUUUCUCUUAUUUAACCUUAACAAGACAUUUUGAAAACGUGGGAAAUUUUUUUGAAGAAACGAUUCGAAAAAAACGUUGAAACAUUUUCUUCUUGCUAGGUAAUUUUUUUAUAUCUUCCGGUUUUUAAAAUGAUUACCUGAUAGUUUCCGCUAAGACUUUUUUUAUUUUUUUAUUUUUCUCUACAAUCACACUAUUUUUUUGCCUUAUAAGGACAUUCAAAACGAAAAUGAAUCGAUUUGGAAAAAAAAAUUUUUUUCUUUCUUUUUUUGAAUUUUUUUCUCUUUUUUUCAAGCGAUUUCUCAUGCAAAUUUUUUUGUUUUUUUCCUUCAAGAUUUCACUAUAAUUUCUUCCAAGGAUUAUUCAAAACAGUUAAAAAGAAAAUAUGGAAAAUGGAAAAAUUUUUCCAACAAAAUUUUCAGUCUGCUAGGUGACUUUCCUGUUUUUUUACAUGACUUUUUAUGAAUCUUCUGGUUUUUUUGUAACGAUUAUAUCAGUAUUAUCUCACGAAAAUAUUGCAAAAAAGGAAUUUAUAAAAAAAAACCAGAAAAAGUUGGAAAAGAAUAAAACAAUCGCGAAUUUUCAAACCUUUUUUCAGUUCGCUAGAUGACUUUUCUGUUUCAAACGAUUUUUCGUCCAAAUUUUAGCGUGUUUCUCACGAUUCCACCAUAUUACCCCUUAUAAGAACGUUCAAAAAGGUAUAGAAAGAAAAAUUGGAAAAAUUUAUUGGAAUCGUUUUUUUCAACGUCACGCUAUCGGAAAAUUCAUUGUAUUUUAAUAAUUUCCAUCAAAUUUCCUCACAAAAUGAUCGUUUUUUCCAGUACUACGGGAUCCAAAACGACUCGUUCGCCUCGUUCAGUUAUGACUAUCAACGUUUCCAUAAGAAAGGCUUCGAACACGACGCCUCCCUCAUGGCCGGAGUCAUUUUCGACCACAUUCCUCAUAUUCGGGUUCGUUUUUGAGAGUUUCCAGGUUGAAAAAUUGUCCGUGAGGUGUUUGAAAAGCACAAAAACUAACUUUUAUGGCAGUAAAUUGAUUUUUUUUUGAGUUCAAAAAACUGUAAGAAGCUUCAAAACUAUUCAAUUUCUUACGUUUAACAUUGAAAAAUCCGUAUUUUCUUGAUAAAUCGACCUCCUUGGGAACGCCAGAGGGGUCCCUAAAGGCAAUUAUAGGUCCCCUCAAGGGAGCACCUCACCUCCUCUCAUAGGGGCCACUAAAGCUUGAAAAAGUGGCCUCUAUAGGGGUUUAGUUACAGUUCACUCUAGGGAGCUUUAAUCGUCGUCUUUCUACCUUCAAAUCAAGACAAAAAGGAAUAAAUGAAAUCCCUAGAGGGGCUACUUAGGCUGCAGGAAAUUCUAAACUCCUAUAGGGGCCACCUAAAUUUCACCACUCUAGGAAGCACUGUUUUGCCCUCUAUGGGAGCUCUUUUUUACUUCUAACCCCUAUAGGGGCCACUCUGGCGUUACAAAAAUAUUUUUCUCUACAAAAAGUUUAUUUUUUGAAGGUCUGCGUAGACCGAAUCGCCAACGUUACCGUCAACAAUAAUACGUACGAUUUUGAUGUUCGAGAAGUUCACGGUAAAAAAUAUCGACUUUUCAUAACUAAUCCUGUUUUAAGAAUGCAUGGAUUUGAAUUUGACGAGAUCAGAAGUCGAGGAAAUUCAAGCGAAUGAUGAAGCCGUCGUCAAGAUUUUAGCCUUGAGAGGUAGGUUUUUUUACUGGGGAAAUGUCUAGUGGCCACUUAAGAGGUUCCUCAAGGACCCUGAAGCGGCCACUAUGAGCCCCUGUUGCGCCCUAGUGGCCACUAUAGUAGUUUUAAGCGUUCUAGUAGUAGCACUUACACUUCUAAAGAAGCCACUAAUUUUUAGCCACUGAAGUGGCCACUAAUUCGACUACUGGAGUGGUCACUAAAAGACCAAAACCCUAAAGGGAUCACUAGAAAAAACGCGAAAAUCAAAAUUAUCUCUGACGAUCCAAAAUUUGAUCAUUUUUAAAGGCGCAUAACAAAAUUCAAAAAAUGAACUUUCUUAGUACUUGCGCCUUUAAAAACCCCUAAUUUUUGAACAGAAUUCGAUGAAUUUUCCUAUUUCAGGCGUCACAUUCAUGGCGGAAGACGCUCUGAAGAUUUCUACAGUGGUUUUCAAUUUCAAACUGAGGACGAUUCAUUACAGUCCGACGGCCGGCGAUCAGAAGCCCGAGUGCUACAAAAUUGCGGUAAAUUCACAUGAUCUUCCGGUUUCAAAACUUUUUUGAAAAAGUUAAUUUCCGCGAUUUUUCUAAUAGACAUCUUGUACUACAACCAGCGCGCGUUUUCCGUUUCGGCAAUUUUUUUUCCAUUUUUUUUUUUGGAAAUAAAUUAUAACGUCAGGAAGCAAAAAAAGAUGUAUCAGCUCUUUAUUCGAAUUCAUUGAAAAGUUUAAAAAAAUUGAAAACAGUAAAGUUAUUUAGAAAAAAAAUUCGCUCUUUUCCAAGCUUUUCUGACUUAUUUCGGGUUCAAAUUUAAUUUUGGCGAUUUCUUAAAAAUGACGCGUUAUUCAUAAUCUCGCAGUAUAAUCGUACAAUUAUAACAGAUUUUUCAUCCCAAUUUUCCAGGUCGCCAUAAAGUUUGACAAUUCGCGGCACACCGGUCAAGUCCACGUAACUCUAUCAACCUUAGUUUCCUAUGUCAAUGUUUGCAAUGGACGAAUUAUUCAAGGUACAGUUUGAAAAAAAACAUAAAGGAAAAAAUAGCCCGAAAAAAAUGGCCCUGGAAGAAACGGCCACGAAAAAUGGCCUGGAGAGGAGUAAGUGCGCUCCAAUGAUAAUCCGGCGUGGAAGUGAAAUUUCUCAGUUUUUCAACCGUUCUAUUUCUAAGUUUCAGGCUCUUCUUCUUAUUCUCAAAAGUAUUUCUAAAAAAAAAAUCCAAAAAACGGUUUUCAAUUAUCUAUGGAGCGGCGAAUUUUUUUGAUUUUUUUUUUUGGAAAUUACGUUUUCCCACAGCUCAUAUGCGUUGGUUAUCGUGUGAUAAGAAAAUUUAAGGAUAAAAAAAAAUCGAAAAAUCUCUCAGUUAGCCGUGGAGCGCAUUUACUUUUUUUUGAGAAAUUUUUUUUGGUGGCAAUUUUUUCCACUGCGCAAAUGCUUUGGCUAUUCAUUGAGAGAAAAUUGAGCAGAUUUGAAAAAAAAUUCUCCAUUAUAUAUGGAGCGCACUUGCUCCGGCACAUGAGCCUCUAUCUCUUCUAAUUUUUUUCUUCGGCUUUUUUUUUCGCGGCUCUUUUUUCCACGGCUCGAAUUUCUUAGCUUUUUUUUGAAAGAAAAAUGAAAGAAUUAAUUUUUUGAAAAACCGUUCUAUUAUCAGUGGAGCGAACUUACUUUGGCGUAUGUUUUUUUGGCGGCUCUUUUUUCGACGGUUGAAAUUUCUUAGCUAUUCCGUCAUGAAUUUAAAAAAAAACCUCAAAAAAAAAUGCUGAAGGGGUCGGCUGGUCGUUCGACACGCUGCUCAUCGGAAUCACCGACGUCGUCGUCCUCAUCUUCUGCAUUUUGUCCCUGAUUUUGUGCUGUCGCGCAUUGAUCAAGGCUCAUCUCCUUCAACAUGUUCGAGCUGUUCAAGAGUUUUCAGAAGAAAUUCAUCAUUUAGAAAGCCGACGACUACUUUGAAAACGUGCUGAAGACGCCGUUGAGGGUCAGCGAUCGGCUCGAUUUUUUGAACUUGUGGUGGGUCUAUCGAGAAGUUUCCUGUUUCACUGAUAAUUUAAAAUAUUUUUAUUGAUUUUAUCGAUUUUUUUCAAAAAAAUUGCGCCAAAUUUUAUUUUUUUGAAUAUUUGAAAAUGAAAUAAAUUCGCAUUUUUUUCUUGUCCUUAAGUUUUUAAAAAAAUAAUUACCUUGAUUAUAUUUUUAAUUUACGGUGGGUUCAUCGAAGAGUUUACUGUUUCACUACAGAUUCAAAAGGUUCGAAAUUAAAAUUAAAGAAUUUGACAAAAUAAUUUGUACCAAAAUUUAUCGAUUUUUUUCAAGAAAAAAAGUACCGAAUUUUUGAUUUCGAAUAUUUUAAUAAUAUAUAAAUUCGCAUUUUUUUCUUGCUUCAGCCUUCUAAUUCUCAAAGAAAUAUUCACUUUGACUGUACUUGACCUCAAAAAUCACUAAAUCAUUGUUUUUCAGUAAGUAUUGAAAAAAAAAAUCUAAAUUUUUGAGAUUUGUUUGUGUUAGCAAAGCACUUUCCCGUUUCAAUAUUGACCCAAAAUCUUUGAGAUUGAAAUUGGGAGAUUCUCAGUUCCUGUUGUAUAGGUUUAUUGAUUUAUUGAUUUUUAUUUAAAGACUGGCGCUCAAGUUAAAUUUUGAGUAUUUUUAAAGAAACAGUAAAAAAAUUGUAAUUGGCCUUCAGAAUCUUUCAAAUUUGUGCGGCAGAAAUAUUUUUUUCCAAAUUUAGAAGAAAAAAAUCUCCUUAGAAAUCAUCGUAAUACGGGUCCAAAAAGGAUAUUUUUUUCCGUGUUUUUUUAUGAGAAAUUCGAAAAAAAUCCUUGUAGAUUUCUUGCAAAAACUACAUUAAAAUCCUCAAAAGUUUCCAGAAAGUCUCGAAAAAAAUUAACUUUUAAUUCUUUGAUUUUUAAGGCGGGUUUAUCGAGGAGUUUACUGUUUCAAUAAUGAUUGAAAAUCUUCGAAAGUGAAAUUCGAGCAUUAGGCGAAAAUUCUCUUUGAAAAUUUAUCGAUUUUUCAAAAGACGGACGCCAAAUUGGAGUCUAAAAAAAUCUUAAAAAAAUUUAAUGUUUUUUUCUUUUUUUGCUUGAAUUCCUUGAAGAGACAGGGAAUGCGACUGUAAUUUGCUUUUAAAAAUCAAAAAAAUACAGAAAAAAAUUGAAUCUUGAUAAGGUUCAAAUAAAUGACAUUUUUUUCGAGUUUUUUUAUGAAAAAAAUUUCACAUAAAUCACUGAAAAUUGUGCACCACAAAAGUACAGUCAAAUCAUUGUGGUUUUUCAAAAACCCUCGAAAAUUUUUUUCAAAAACAUUUUCAGGUACCUCAUGAUUGUCGCCAACGACCUCUUGAUCAUUAUCGGAACGGUCGCCAAAAUCUCGAUCGAAUUUCGGGUCAUUUUCAAGCUUUUUCUUCCGAAAUACACUCAUUUCUUCAGGAUUUCGACAAUUCUCUAUUCACUUUGACCAGUAUUUUCCUUGGAAUGGGCGCUCUUUUGGUUUACGUCGGCGUUUUACGUUAUUUCGGGUUUUUCAGUCAAUAUAAUGUGAGGAUUUUCGGGCUUUUCGUGAAAAUUGGCUCAGCCCUACUAAGAACAAUAAAAAAUUUAUAUUCUAAAAUCAAAAAAAAAAAAAUAAUACACGGAUCGAAACCUUUCAGAUCCUGAUUUUGACCUUGAAAAAAUCGCUUCCAAAUAUUGGCCGAUUCAUGACCUGCGCCAUUGUUCUUUAUGCCGGAUUUCUGAUCGCCGGAUGGGUUAUCAUUGGACCCUACAGUAUGAAGGUGAGGAUUCCUACUUUCUUUUCUUAGGAAUGCCAGAGUGGCCUCUUAAGGGAACAAAGAAAAAAGUUUUAUAGUGUACGGAACAGUGCUCCCUAGAGGACUAAUUUUUAAGUGGUCCCUAUAGAAGUUUAUGAGCUUACUUCUAGACCCCCAAAAGCUAAGUUGGGUUUUUAGAACUUUUCAUUUAAGGCUGUUUUCAAAGUAUAAUUAUUUAGGCGACUUCAAAAUUGACACUGGUUUGAGUUAUUUCGCGCAAUGAGCAAAACUUGGAAUUCCGGGAGCCGUUAGAAAAAAAGGGUCUUACAACGAAAUAGCAAAGUUUACGAGCGUAUUUCAAAUUUCCGUGGGGAAAAUGCAAAUAUAACUUUCAUGGUUCUCUUCCUCCACGCCACAGAUCUGUCUUUGAGCGAAAUAAAACAUUUUAUUUCAUUUCAAAAUGCACACUUUGUUGAAUUUCGCGCGUAAAAGCCACCGUAAGACAUCACAAAAUGCGAUAUAUCGUUGUAGGGCCCAAAUUCCCUUGAAAUUAUUUCGCCAUUUAAACCGAAAAUUGCAAAUUAACGCCCAAAAGUCGCAUCGUUGUAGGACCUGAUUUUUGUACCCGUCAAUUUUGAAUUUUUAAAUCGUCGAAAUUACCUAGAAUACAGCAUAAAACACGUAUAGAAGAAAUUGGAAUGCUCCCCUAGAGUGGCCACUUUUUUGAGCUUUAGUAACCCAAUAUGUAAAAAGGUAAAUUGGUCCCUUGAGGGGGACCUACAAGACCUCCUAAAGUGACCACUCUAGCGAUCCUAAUCACCUCUCUUUUCUUCAGUUCCGAACCCUGGAAGAGUCAUCAGAAGCCCUAUUUUCCUUACUCAAUGGCGACGACAUGUUCGCCACUUUCUACACGAUCAAUGAUUCCAAUGGAAUUAUCAAGGUGGUUUUUUCCAUUUUGACACCAAAAAAUGUUUCCUCAGAUUUUCGGGACAAUCUACAUUUACGUGUUCGUCUCGUUGUUCAUCUACGUCGUCCUGUCGCUUUUCAUUGCGAUUAUCAUGGACGCCUAUGAAGUUGUAAAGGUGAAUUUGAGAAGAACGGAAAAUGGAAUUUUUGACACGGCUAAAAAUAACUCAAUAUUCUAUUUUUGCUCAAAAUUGUCCAAAACUGAAAUUUCGAAGAUUAUUUUCAAAAGAUAAAGUUGAAAUGUACUUUUAAUAGUAAGAUCAAGAUUUAUAACCUUUUUUCAAUUUUUAGGGGUAAAUUUAACAAGGGGUCAUUAGAAAAAACCUCAAAAUUGAUUCAAGACGAAAAUGUCAACGCAAUUUGUAACUACAGUUCCUUCAGAAAAUAUACGAAAAACCACUCUUUUGACCAAAACUUUCUUGUAUGGAACUUAAUCAUUCCGAAACUUUUUGGAGUUGUGACGACUGUUAUUUGUAAGACUCUGGUGCGAUCCCAGUUCCAAGAAAAAAAAAACGCAACUCCAGAAAGUUUCAAAAAGAUUUAUCUCCAUACGAGGAAGUUUUGGGAAAAAAUUAUUCGGUACCGCAUUCUUAAAACCAUUUUAUUUUAAAAUAAAUUAAAAAGGUACCUGAUAAGGCGGGAAGUUGCGAAGAAGAUCGGACGGCAGAGAAGAAAAUCCGACCAAGAGAAAGAAAAAAAAAUCCAAUUUUCGACCCCUUUUCGUGCCAAAAGAUCGACAGUGACCUAUGACCCGUUUUUGUGAUCUUAUAUUUUCGCCUCCAAUGGAAACUUUUAUUUCGAUUCUUACUAUAGUCUGUUCAGAUUUUGAAUGUCAAGUAAAAUGACGUCAUUCGAAAACGCUCUGUGGGUGGCUCGCUCUCUGAUUGGUUUAUCACGCCAUUAGAGGGCGGAGCUUCAGCGAGGACUUGACAUUUGAAAUCUGAACAGACUAUAGGAAACUACUCGGAUUCGGGGUUCGAGUUGAAACUUCAGUGUUUUAUAGACCCAAGUUAGAAUAUCUGCUAAACCCAAUAGAGAACUGAGAAAAAAAUAGUAGAAAAUGUGAAAAUUAGUCCUGGAAAUUUUCAGAAUACUGUUUUUUUCCUUUUUUUAUAUUUUAAUACAAUCGCCUUGAAUGAUCCGGCUAUGAUACACUCUAAAAAACUUUUUUCCAGCCAAAAGAAGAAGGAAACAGAAAUUUGAUAAUUUCAAGCCUAAACUGUUCAUUUUCGAAAAGCUUUUUCUCAGAAGCCUGUGGGGUUUGGCAGAUAAUCUCUCUUGUUUCCAAUUACUCUUACCCGGGUCUAUAAGCCACCAAAGUUUCAACUCGAAACGCGUACCCCAGUCCGAGUAGUUCCCUAGUAGACUAUACCUUCAACUUUUUUUUCUUGCUUGAAAAAAGAGAAGCCGAAUCCUAAGUUCGCCACUCUUUCUAUGCUGUUUCCCGAAAUAGUCCGCAUUUUACAGGACCGCUACAACGAAGGGCUGCACGUGGAACGGAGCGCCCUGCACGACUUCGUGGCGACGUGUCCGCAGCCGCGGGAGCUCUCGUCGCCGACGACGCAGGCGCAAUACGCGCCCGCGAAUCUCCUGAACCUGGGUCGGUGCGUGGCUUGCGCUGUCCCUUAAUGCCCACGCUUAAGCACGAUGAAUGCAUCUCUUCCGUUUCUUUUCCAAUAAUUUUUACUGCUCGAUUCGGAACCGACGGUCGUGAUGGUGGUGGUGGUUUCUGGUCUAACAGCUCUUCCCGUCGAAACGUUCUGUUCUUUUCUUUCUUCGUCAAACUCGGGAAAUAUUUAUAGUUGCAAAGUGUGUUGGAAAUGUCAAGCUAUUUCAUGUCGUAUUCAAAGUAAUUUAGGCCAUUUUAAAAUUGAUUCGUUUUUCGUUUCAAAUGAUUACGAAAAUACGCGAAAUUAGAAUUCCGGGAGCCGUUUGUUUUAAAAGAGUGACUUUGACGCCAGAAUUUUAAUUUUCGUUGAAAAAUGUUGAAGUAAUUCGAAAUUCGGAUUUCGGAUUUCGCGCGAAAAAGGCACCUAUUCCAAAAAAAUUUUUGAAUUUAAAAAAAUUCCAGACGUUAUUUUUUUCGUAAUAAGGGCUUUCAUGGUUUCCCUAAAAAAAGCAAAUGCUUUUUUUAUCCUGACCUAUUUUUUUCUAAAAAGCCAUGACGUCAUGUGGAAUGAAUAUUUUUUUAUUACUAGACAGAAAUCUAGAUUUCUGAAUUUUAUCAAGUCUUAAAAUCGCUUUUUUUAGAACACUUUUUGAAGCCAAAUCGAACAUUUUUUUGACUCAUCUUUUUUUGAUGUAAGACAAUGUCGAAUUAUCAAAAAAAGCUCAGCUUGAAAAAAAUCCGUCAUGAAAAAUAAAAAGUUGAAAUCUGAAAAAAAUUUUUUUGGAGUUUUUUUCAAAGUAUUUUUAAAAAAAUUUAAAAAAAUUAUCAUUUUUUUCUUCAUAGCUUUUUUGAACUUUCCCAUAGUUCAAAAAUCAAAAUAACAAUUCCCCAAUGCGGUCAUGGCUUCCUCAAAACUGACUUUAACUAAUUAAAAUCCCGAGUUUUUCAAAAUUUUAAAGGCACAGGGCAUCACUCUGCGCCUUUAAUAACAAAUCUCCAGCAUUUGACGAUAUCUAUGCAUAUUUUGUUUGUUGCAUUCUGUAUUAGUUUAUAUUUCAUAUUUGGCUACAGUCCCAUGCACGUCCGAUGGGAUUAUUUGUGUUUUGGCACGAAAUGUUUGGGUUCAUUUCCAGGGGCUGGCAACGACUCGAGUAGGGCCGUCCGAGCGUUGCAAGCCAUCGACAACGCUCGCGACUGGGUUCUCCAGUUUCGCGGCGAUUCUAGGUUCGUUUUGAAUGCCUUUAAACUUGAAAUUUAAAAAAAGUGUUCUUAAUAAGGUUAUUUUUAAUAUUUAAAGAAAAAAAACGGUUUUGGCUAUCGUAAUCUUCAAAACGCAGCAUUUAGUGAGAAUAUUGAUUUUAUUAAGAGGUUAGUGAUUUUACUGAUAGUUCAAGGGGUCACUAAAGAGUGAAUCAACUCUCGGCGGGCCCUAGGUUCGUUUUGAAUAGAUUUUUCAACCUUCAAAGCUUGAAAUUCAGAAAAAAUUAUCAUCUUUGGAAAAAAAACGACCUUUUUGACCGAUUUUGGUUAGUGAAUAGCUAUCAGUGGGAUUCAAGUGGUCACUAAAGGGCCAAGUAGGGUAUUAUUUCUCUACCGAACUUCAGGGCAAAAAUAACUGGAGUUUGAACUUUGAAACCUUUUUUGAAAAUUUUGAAAUUUCGCUGCUCUGAAAAUACUCUGAAAUUAUAGGUUGAUAAGAAUUUAUACGUAUUUCUGAUGUAUUUUAAUUAUAUUGAAUGAUUAUUGCUUUUUCAGUUCAUUUAACUGCAUUUAAGGGCUGUGAAUGCGUUGAUUUUACUUAUUAUUGUUAUAAAAUUGUUUCAAAAAUAAAUCCUGCGCCUUUAAUAACACGUUUCCAGGUUCCAAUCGUUUUCCAAUCCGCUGAACGACCAAGUCAUCUCCGAAGGUGAAAAUAACCAGCCCCGUAGUGCAAAUAUCGUAUAGUCUGGCGAUUAUGCAAAUUUACUAGCUCUUUCAUUUUUCUUCUGGUUAUUUAUUAUUCUUUUUUUCUUGUUACGUGUCGAAGAAACCAUUCAAAAGAGGCCUCGCCUCGGAUUCUGUGAUUUUUCCACUUUGCUUAAUAUAUUUCCAUAUUUUGUACUCGAAUCUUCCUUAAUUCCGCGUGGUGCUACAUCUGAUAUCACUUAAAAAACUUCUCUCUACGAUUACAUGGUAAUAAAAAACGUCUGAUUUCACAACGGAAUUCUUCAUUAUUUUAAAACAUCACUUUGCUACGAAUAUAAUUGGGAUGAAAUGAGCCGAGGGCGGCGAAUUACAAUUGAACGAACAAAACAAGGGUGGGACAAAGAAAAAAGAAAUAAUCGUUCAAUAGAAAAUUGGGGUUGAAGAUGAUGGUUGAAGGCAUCGGAAAAGAGUCGAAGAAUUGGACGAGGGAAGAAAAACAAGAACAUCUCGAUUUUGCUCGGAUCAACAGCAAUUCUGGCGAUCCACAAGCGCAAGGAGUACAAAUCCUCGUGAAAAAUCAGCCUCCACAAGCUAUUCCGAUCGAUUUAUUCCAAUCAUUUCACAUCGUGAACGGCUUUUCAAAGAAAUGUAAAUUGAACAGAAGGGAAAAGGGUACGCACACACACAAAGUCUACAUUAUCCAACAAAAACCGUCACUUUUCUCGAAUUUCAGACUGCGUCUGUCUUUCUAUGGUGGUCCUAUUGAUUUAUAAGAACUAAGAUGGGAAACUUGAAGAAGUGGACGAUAAGAGCGAACCCACGAGCCUUAAAGCCACGUAUCCUCAAGACGAAUGAAAUGGAACAUUUUCCGACGCUGUAUAGAAACCGCACUGAAUCGAAUUUGUGAACAAAGGGUACGAGGAAAGCAGUGCGUUUUUCCUAAACGUUUAUGAAUACAAUGCAGGAAGAAUCGAAAAACCAACGACGGACGGAUGGAAGAGGAAGGACGGUAAAACUCGAUUGCUUCUGAUCCGUGGAGCUUCUAAGACUCCUUCCGAGCUCAGGGGCUCCACAGAUCAUCGACGGAGCCAAUUCAAUAGAGUAA